AUGCCCUGCAAAAUUGCAACACCUGGCUCAGGUGUUGCCAAGCUGACGGACGAUGACAAGAAGGAGAUCCUGAAGAUUGUGGACGGCUACUCUGCUCGCGCCCUCAGAGUGCUGGCCAUCGCGGCGAGGCCUAUGAGCUCCCUUCCGUACGACGAGAACAACGAGGAUAUCUCCACGGACCAGAAGUUUGAAGCCUGCCGAAAGCAGCUGCGCCUGAUCGGACUGGUUGCAUCCAUCGAUCCCGAGAGAGACGGCGUGCCGGACUCUGUCCUUGCAGCCCGCGGCGCAGGCAUUCGCGUGGUCAUGAUCACUGGCGACUACCUGCUGACCGCCAUCGCCAUCGCCAAGAACGUCAACAUUCUUCAGCCCUGCGACGAUCCUGACGUCUCUGCCAUGGACUGCGCCUGCCUACGCCCUGACGGC